CUGGAUGUGCACCAACCCGGGAGAGGGAGAUCAAAGGGAUUUGAAACAGACCGGGGACUGGCAGGGGGAGGGGGCCAGGCAGCCUGUGGAAUCCUGCUGGAGAAACGGAGGGUCCGCUUCCACCGUGACUUCGGCGGUCUGGUUGGGUGUUUUUUUAUUAUUAUUAUUUUCCAAUUUCUGAAUCCAGCUUGAGCGAGAGAUCUCCGUAGACUGCGACUCGCUGGCUCUCGCUCGGAGAUGAUGCAGAGCGCAGCUGUCCCCGCGGAGGGGGCUGUCAAGGGGCUCCCGGAGAUGCUUGGUGUGCCGAUGCAACAGAUCCCCCAGUGUGCUGGCUGCAACCAACAUAUCCUGGACAAGUUUAUCCUCAAGGUGCUAGAUAGACACUGGCACAGCUCCUGUCUCAAGUGUGCGGACUGCCAGAUGCAGCUGGCUGACCGGUGCUUCUCCAGGGCUGGCAGCGUCUACUGCAAGGAGGACUUCUUCAAGCGCUUUGGCACAAAAUGCACAGCCUGCCAGCAGGGCAUCCCCCCGACCCAGGUGGUCCGCAAGGCGCAGGACUUCGUCUACCACCUGCACUGCUUCGCCUGCAUCAUCUGCAACCGGCAGCUGGCCACGGGGGACGAGUUCUACCUCAUGGAGGACGGGCGACUGGUGUGCAAGGAGGACUAUGAGACAGCCAAGCAGAACGAUGACUCAGAGGCUGGAGCUAAGCGGCCCCGGACCACCAUCACAGCAAAGCAGCUGGAGACAUUGAAGAACGCCUAUAAGAACUCCCCUAAGCCCGCCCGCCAUGUGAGGGAGCAGCUGUCCUCGGAGACAGGCCUGGACAUGAGGGUUGUACAGGUUUGGUUUCAGAACAGAAGGGCCAAGGAGAAGCGACUGAAGAAGGACGCAGGGCGGCACCGCUGGGGGCAGUUCUAUAAGAGCGUCAAGAGGAGCCGGGGAGGCAGCAAGCAGGAGAAGGAGAGCUCUGCGGAGGACUGUGGGGUUAGUGACAGUGAGCUGAGCUUCCGAGAGGAUCAGAUUCUCUCAGAACUUGGCCACACCAAUAGGAUUUAUGGCAACGUGGGGGACGUUUCAGGCGGACAGUUAAUGAAUGGGAGCUUCUCCAUGGACGGGACAGGACAAUCCUAUCAGGACUUGAGGGAUGGGAGCCCCUAUGGAAUCCCCCAGUCUCCAUCCUCCAUCUCGUCCCUGCCAUCCCACGCUCCUUUGCUCAAUGGGCUGGAUUACACGGUGGACAGUAACUUGGGCAUCAUUGCGCACGCAGGGCAGGGAGUAAGCCAGACGCUGAGAGCCAUGGCUGGGGGACCCACCUCUGACAUCUCCACAGGAAGCAGUGUAGGCUACCCCGACUUUCCGACUAGCCCGGCCUCUUGGCUUGAUGAAAUGGAUCAUCCUCCUUUUUAAACACUUCUCCUCCCCACCCUACCUGUCCUCUGGCUUGAGAGAAUAUCUUCAAGGAUUGAAAGACACUUGCCUUUUAAGGAUGGAAAGUGCGCCAAUGUGAAUUUCCAUUAUUUUCAAUGGAAGUCCUCUGCCGAUCCCGGGGAGGUCGCGGCGGGAUCCCACUGGGGCUGGCUUUCCUGGGAAGUGGUGGGAGAGCAGCCGCCUCUCAGAACACAGCACAGGGGCGCAGAGCCCAGAGCGCUAGGGUGCCGGCUGGUCGGCUCCUCCCCUGCCCCCGUCCUGCUUACAGGCUUUGGCUGCUCAGUGCUUGGUUGAUGGGGUGACUGUGUCAGGCCACCUAAGCCUUCGGGAACUCUGCUCCAACUGGAGAGUCUCGUGAGAUGUCUCCUGAACCACUGCUCUCGCCAGAACCGAGAUUCCCAAGGUGGAGGCCUCAUGGCCCUUGAGUAUCGAUAAAAGUGAUUUCUGGACCACCCUUACUUUACUCCAAUUUUCAAAAUUAAAAAAAAGUCACUUAUUAAAGAUCAGUGGAAAACUUUGAUGACCACAGUUUGAUGUUGAAAACAUGCUCCCUCCUCUUUUUUUUUUUUUUUUUGCUGUGAAAAAAUAUGACUUUUUCCCUACCCAGAACUACAUGCCAGAGACAAUUUUGUCAGUUUUGGUUUUUAUGAAAUUCCAUCCCAAUCACUGAAUCCCUGAUGGCAAGAAGUGGUUUUUAUUGCAGGUGACUCUGAGGCUGGAGCCGAGUGGCCCUGGACCAUCCCAGCGACUGCCUGACAAGUCCCCCUGGUGCACAAUGUGCCUUUUUAAUUUGCUUGUAUUAUUUAUUCCACAAGACAGGCUAUGGGUUCCAAAAUGAUCAAAGCUAAAAUAUGGAGAGAACAGAAUGACAAUCAGUGAAAAUAUUUGCAGACGUUUGGAUUCCAGACAUGCAGUCAGUUUAGCCAAAUCAGCAGAUGCUAGUCUCCCAUCCGGUAGGGUGAAAUGAUAUGGGAUCUGUUUGGAGGGAGUUGGUUCAGAUGAGAUUGUAAGCCCACCGCCCACGUGCAGCCAACCAUCCUUGGCCCUUUAAAAAUUAGCGCUUUCUCUGCCACACUAGCUGACUCAGUAGGAGGACAGUCUUGGCCUCUUCCAAGUACUGGCCAUGCUUCUUGGCCCAUCUCGGUUGGGAGGAAUCAUUUAGGGAGCGGCCCUUAAGUUGUCCUCAGGGUUCCAAAUGGUCCUUGGGCUGCAUCCCUCUGGGUUUUUGGCUGGGCUCAUGCCAUGCCCUGUGGUGCUCCAGUCCUGUGCUCAAAAAGGCAGAGCUCUCUGGCCACUGGCAGUGCAGAGACUCUCAGCUUGCAGGUUUGCAAUAGCAGAUCACCAAGCCUGGGACAAGGGCAGGGCCUACCCCUGCUUUAUGAGCUGCUGUCUCUGCAACAGACUGCGCUUCCACAGGAAAUGCCGUUGUGAUGGUGCUGCAAGUCCCACCUUACAUCACACAUCUGUCCAUCCAGAAGCUCUCCAUGUGCAUAUGGAACUUAGCCAGGUAGAAUUGAUUCCAGUCCCCUUGGAAGACGGUGGUUUGCUUCUGCUGGCCUCCCAUUCUCUUGAACAAGAUCAGCAGAGUGGGAAAGGGUGAGAAGGCAUUGCCUUUCUUUCACAGCAAGUGAUGGGGUCAGAGCACCUGAGGAAACUUCCUUCCAGGAAUGGUUUUGAGGACCACAAAAGUUUAGGUAUACGGUAGGCAGACUACCUAUGGAGAAGGAAAUGGCAACCCACUCCAGUAUUCUUGCCUGGAGAAUUCCAUGGACAGAGGAGCCUGGUGGGCUACAGUCCACAGGGUCGAAAAGAGUCGGACACGACUGAGCAACUUCACAUACAGGCAGACUAAAGGAAGAAAUCAGCACUUCCUUUCUGGAUGCUGCAUCUUUCGUAAACUCCUUUCCAGGACUAAACUAAGGUCAGUGAAGCUUCUUUAAAAUAGAUAGUAAAUUCCUGGAUCAGCCUUCAGACCAUCUUUUCUCUGAUCAAUUUUGUAGUGUACCCUUAUUUUUUGAUGUGCUCGAUUGUCAUGAUUUUUUGCUUGGGGAGUCUGCAAAUGUAGACUCUCUGCCCGUGAUUCCAGGUGUCAGGAUGAUGGUGUAUUAAGCCUGGCCAAUUCUAUGUGCUAUUGGGAAUUCCCCAGUAAUAUGAAUAUUCAGGGUGGGGAUGGAGACACAAAUGCAAGACUAAAAAUGUGAAGGAAAGGAAAAUGCAACUGCCUUUUUAGAGGACAGAUUCUUAGGCACACUGUUCUUAGCAGGCUGCUUACAAAACACAGGAGAAGGACUGCUGGAUUAAAACCAGUUCAAAACUGCCCCACUCAGACCAGUGUCUCAGCCUGAUUACUUGGAGUAGUAUCUCAUGGGAUCUCAGAGACCCUUUGUAUUUUCCCUGAGUGCAGUACUGGGAGAGCAGGCUCUUUUAAGAUGAGGGGGGAGGGUUGCAUCCCCGCUGUGUGUAGCCCUGCUUUUGGAGACUAGAUGAAACUGACCAGUCUUUGUUUCUGUAGGUGGGUUCAUCAGGCUUACUCUUUUAUUCAUUCAUAGGAGAAUGGAAGGCCUCCCUCAUUCAUGCACUCCAGUGAGGAGUUCAGGUGACACUGUUGGGAGGAGCUCCUUUGGUUUGGUGGGGUCAACUAGCCAGGAGGGCUCUUGAGCAAGCCCUGAUCAGAAAGCCAGGGGAGCUGAGUGUAAGUUCCCAGGGCCACCUCGCCAGAAAGCAGCAGUCAUGGUGCUGCCGUCUAGAAACACAGUCACAAUCGGUCUCAGAUUUUUCGUGGAUCUCUGUGCAAGUGGGGUUAGCAUUGUGGGGCUAGUGCCACCCAUAAGCCCAUAGGCCAAGACAGUUCCUUGGCUCUUCUGAGGCUCAGGGAUGGAGAAGAAUGAAACCGUCCUGAGAUUAUGGUCCAGGCACUCCUCUAUUGCUCAGUAGUCUGUUAUGGAGGUAUGCUACAUGGGAGCUUUUCUCCCCCUUGCGAAAUGACACAGAUGGAUUUUAAAAAUGAGAUGACACCUUCUGGAGGCACUUACAGUACUUGGACCUGCCUUUGGCUCUAGGAGAGCAAUCAACUAACAACUGUUAUCUGUGGUGCCUGGCCGAUAGACCUGAGGGUAGGAAGCUUCUGAAUCCAGGAGCAAAUUAAUGGGGAAAAAAAAAAAACACCCAAAUUUCCAGUGGUAACUGAUAAAAGCAAAAAUGGAAUCUGCAAGGCUAUGGAAGAAUCUUUAUUUGCUGAAAAGGAGUAAGACCAGGGAGGAAAUCCCAAAUGCAAGGGCUAAACCGGCCACUGGGUAAACCACACUGUGGGGAAGCCUGGACCCCAGUCCUUCAGAAACUGGCAGUGCCCCCUGAAGCCAACUCCUUUCUGACCUUGUGCUUUUUCUUUCUUGCCUCAUCUGACAGUUAUAAAAUGAAAAUCAACUACCAGAUUGAUAACAUUGUUCAUGUACACUAAUACCAUGAAACACCAGGGAAAGAGGACAAAAUUAAGACAGAAUAAAAGCAUUUGGCAGUGUCGUUCAAUAAGGUGUCUUUUUUUUUUUUUUUGGCCAAUGUAAAAUAUAAAAUCUGAUAAAGAUCCCUGGGGGCCAUUAGAUCUUUGCAGUGAAGUUCUCUUUGCAAGAAGUAUAAGAAAUCUGACAAACAAAAGACGUUAGCGUCUCUGAAGCUCUAGCUGGUUAUUCUGAUACAACUGCCUCCUGGCCAGAGGGGUUGAAGGCUUCAGCUUAGCAACAGCUGUGCGCUGUGUGACAGGCCACCGUCCGCCACCCGCACCCCCGCUCGCCCCCUCCCUCUGACCACUUGGUUAUAACCAUGGAAAUAAUGACCGUACCUCCUCAGCCAGCAGGGUCUGGAAGGACCGAGGAGGCUCAUUUUUAAACAUUGCACUUUAAAAAUUGGAAACCGUGAGAUGAAGAAAAAUUCAAUUAAGCGGAAAUGAGUUUUGUUUUAUUGCCUGCUGCUGAAGGGCGCUGGGCAUGCUGAAAGCUAAAUAAAAAGCACAUCACUGCCUCUCUCUUUCUUGGAUUGGUCGAUGGGCCCUUUUUGCAGUCGUUGCUCCAACUGCUCUAACACGGUGACUGGAGCCAAAAAGAGAGAGUGCAGCAAAGUCACCCCAUCCCCACUGCUUGGUAGGACCACACGGAAAGCACAGUUUCAGCUGCGAGCUCUGGUGAGGAGUCAGCUGCAGGUCUGGGAGGUGCGCCAAGCAUCCCUUUGCUUCGGGAGGCAGAGCACAGGUGGACAGAGCCGGACCCCCAUGCUCACCCGCCGCCCACCUAGAGACAAGAACCAUUUGUACGUUCCCCACUUGAGGACUGUGUUUAGCCAAACACGCAGGUUCAGGGCCGCAGCAUCUCAGACGCUGCUCUGAACUUGCAUUCAGACCUCAAAGCCCCAGAUCCCCUAAGCUCUGGAUUGUCGUCCUCACCCUUCGCAGUGUAAAUUUUGUACAGUUAAAAAGAAAUGGAGUCUCAUUUCCUGGGAAAAAAAGAAAAAGGAAAAAAAAAAGGACCCACCCAUCCUUAUUUAUGGCCAUGUGACUUUGGAACACAGAAGCUGGUGCGUUUGUUUGUAUGUGCCUCCUGUGUGUUGGCAUGAUGAGAUGUGUAUGGUAAAACUAUGUCAAAUAAAUAUGGAAAUUCU